AUGAUAGCGGAGAAAUUGGAUGUGAUCCCAGAGAGUGAUGGUGCAUCAAUGAUUCCUGAGAGCAAUUCUAUACCUGUUAUCCAGGAGAGGAUCUCACUGAUCACGGAGACUGAUUCUGCUUCCGAGUUGGUCUCAGGGAGCUCUGAGUCCAAACAUGGGCAUGUAAGAAGGUACUCUGCUACUAUUUCACUGAUCCCAGAGACAGAUUCUGAUUCUUCCUCUUUGGUUCCUGAGAGUGAUUCUGCCAAGGUGGUCUCAGGAAGUUGUGUGUCCAAACAUGGUCAUGUAAGAAGGUUCUCUACUGGGAACAUUGGCAUCCCAUACAAAAGUGUUAAGAUUCUUUCCCGUUAUCUUGCAGCUUCAACAGGUUCUUGCCAUGAUAAUUGUAAAUAUGGAACAAGACAGGAUCCUGAAACAAAGACACCAAAUAGUCCCGUAAUGGGGAAAAGAAUGGAAAAGCAAGGUAAAAGCCAGGAAAUUGGGAAGACUCUAACUUUAGCAGAGAGAAAAAUGAAACUAGCAGUCAGUUUUACGCCUUCUUCAGGGUCCAAAUGCCAGAAACCUGAUUUUUCUGUUCUCACUAAGACGUCAUCUCUGUGUAAGAGAGAGACUGUCUUGUUAAAACAGCAUUCAUUGCCUCUCAAGGAAGUAGUUCCAAAGCCAAAGUCUAUGCUGUCAAAGUCGUCUACUCUGCCAAUUAAACAGCAUUCAUGCAGUAAAGAAGACGGUGUUGGACUCUAUAAAGACAACGAAAUGGGACUUUCUUUGUUGAAUCCACCUAGAUCAUUAAGUAGCCGAGAGCAAAAUAAACUCAGAAGCAUUAAAGAAAAGAAGACCUCUAUGUUGGAUGAGAGAAAGGAUGUGGCUCGAGCAACUGUUUCUUCGUCUGCCAUGCGUACAGUUAAGAAGGUUUUGAGACGACCAAUUGUUUCUCUUUCUCCCAAACGUUCUGACAAGAGAGUUUCAAGUGUGGAUACUGAAGAAUUCAAGAGCCUGAAAGGGGUUUCUCGUCUGAAGGAUCUCAGUGAUGUUGGGGAAGCUAAAUCUGAGCAGCCCAGCAGUGAUGAUGGGCCAGAGAAGACUUCGCAUGUAAUUGAAAUAAGUGAUAUUUCUAUUUUUCCAUCUACCGUCCAUAAGGAUAAAAGCUUGAAACAUGCUCAAGUAUCUUCAUCCUUGGAGCACAAGCUUUUGAGACGCACUAAAUUUGGAAUCCGUGACAGUCAAUCACCUUCAUCCCCUGAGAAAAACAGCUUGAGACGCAUUAAACAGGGAACUCGUGCUAUUCGGUCAUCCAUUUCUUCUUUAGCAUCACCCAAUUAUAGGCAGAGUGGUAGCUUCUCUGAGUACCAUGAAACUGACAAUGAAAAAGAUUCAGCGACUGCAAAGAUUGAUUUAAAGAGUAGCCCUAGAAAGGGUGUAGUAGUUAGUUCAAAAGAUAAAGGUUCCCUAGUAAGAAAGCUAAGUUUUAGGAAAGGGAAGGUGCUUGAGCUCUGCCCUGUGAUUACAUCUCCAAAAAGACUCAAAUUUAGGCGAAGACACAAGGACAGCCAAAUUAGUAAAGUUGAGAAGAUAGACAGGAACUUUAAGAAUACAGGGACCCACGUGGACGAUGGUGAAAUUAGUGUUACAAAAUCUGAAGGUAAGAAGGUUGUUUUAAAACAUCAAAAAAUUGAAGGAAAGAAAGUUGUGAAGAAUUUACUGAAUAACAUGAUAGAGGAGACGGCAAAUAAGCUUGCUGAGACCAAGAAGAGUAAGGUCAAGGCUCUGGUCGGUGCUUUUGAAACAGUGAUCUCUCUUCAGGAUUCCAAACCAUUACCAACAGCUGAUGCAUGACGAGUUUCAAAGGGCGCUAUUUUAUAUCAUUAAGAUAUAUUUGCUGUAUAUAAUAACCUUAUGGAGGAAGCAAACUUGCAAACUUUUGCAACGGCUAAUUAAUAAUUCGUUGAGAUCAGGAAAAUCCUCAGAACAAUGAAAGAGAUUUCAUUGUCUGUCUCUCUUCUCUAAGAACAUUUUCUGUUUUCAUUUUCACA